UACGUUCCCGUUUUUAUCAUACAUAAAACAAUAAUGCGAAUUCGUUACACGGGUUAGCAAGGAACUCUUCUCCAGUUUACACUAAAAAAGUGUCUGCACUUUCCGUUUGACCUAAACACUCCUAUCUCUCGCUUCAAGUAAAGUUGCUGAAACCGUCUCGUCUGGUGGCAGCUAACAUGCUCUCCCCAAGAUGACCUGUCUCAGAGUUUACCUGCGGAAGCCCCCUGCCAGUAUACCUGACACAUCGUCCUUCCUCCUCAGUACCCAUGGUCAGCUGAAGCUGUCAAUCAUCCAGGAGCAUGAAGUUCUUGUUGUUAGCGUUUUGGAGGCUAGGGGCAUUGUGGAGGAGUGCCAGGGGUCAUGUGACUUUUAUGUUAAGAUUGGCAUGUGCCCAGACGGUGAUCCCAGCGACAGACAGAAGACUCAGAUGGUUCCUCACUGUAGGAACCCCAUCUUCUUACAAACAUUUUACUUUAAGGCGGACCUUCAUAAGAGACUGCUCUUCACAAUGUGGAAUGCUGACUCCACAACGAGGAUGAGUGAGCUCCUGGGUUGCAUGAGCUUUGGUGUGCACUCCCUUAUGGAUCCAGACAAGGAGGUUCAAGGAUGGUACUACCUACUUGGGGAAGAGCUAGGGAGGAAGAAGCACCUUAAAGUGCCCACACAACAUAACUCCAACUCCAUUGAGGCUGUGCUGUCAAACCAUGGUGCUGCCCCCGAGACCAAUCGCCCCGAGAAUAUGCAAUGCUUAACAGUGACCAUCCUUCGAGGAAAGGAUGGAUAUGGCUUCACCAUCUGCUCAGAUUCCCCUGUGAGGGUGCAGGCUGUAGAUCCAGGGGGUCCAGCGGAUCAGGCAGGUCUGCAGCACCUGGACACUCUCCUGCAGCUAAAUGGUCAGCCAGUGGAGCAGUGGAAAUGUAUGGACUUAGCCCAUGCUAUCAGAAACAGUGCAAAUGAAAUCAUACUGGUGGUGUGGCGCACAGGCCCUUCAGCUAAACCUCAUUUCGAGGGCCUCAUUCAUCGGCCCUCCUACAAGCAGUCCGCCUCAAACUAUGAUGCCCCCUCACCUCCCACUCGCCGGCGUGCUCCCGAUGUUGGAACCAGCAAAGCCCCCCCAGCUGUGCCGCCUCUCCCAGCCCACCACCGUGCCACCGCAACCCGCAGGCUGCUGGUCAACGGCUCCGAAGCUGGAAAUAGCAGUGGCGUAGGCUCAGGGACCAUGGGGUGGGGGGCCCACGGAGGGUCGGCCGAGGAGCUGGAUGGGGAACCGCGACACCUCCACCACCCUCACACUGCCACACUGAAGGGUACCAGGGUGAAGGCAUCCAACGGGGACAACUACAUCAUCCUGGCCCCCAUCAACCAUGGAAGCCAGAUAUUGAGGCCUGUUUACCAAGACAACCAGGGAACAUUAGCUGCCAGGUUAUAUCCCACACAGCAGGCCUCUGGAUCGCAGCCCCAGGGAGGUGGUGGGGGGGAUUUUUCUGGAGGUAUGACUGGAGGAGGAGGAGGAGGAGGUGGUGGUGGUGGUGGGGGUCUCUCCAGCCGCACUGGCUUCCUACGCCGGUCUCACAACUCCAAGACAACAAAGACGGCGUCCACCUCCACUAAUGCAGGUGUACCCAACUACCAACAGCAGAGUGCCAACUUUGCCAAUUACCAGAACUGUACCAUUGUCCGCUCACACACUCCACAUGGCAACUACGGAUAUGUCAAAGUGGCACCCAAGAUCCUCAUCUUCCCCAUCUUCGUUCAGCCUCUGGACCUGUGCAGCCGAUCUCUCAUCUUAUCUGAGGAGAUGAUACUUCAUGAGAGCAAGCACCAUUCUCUCAAGGUGACAGUGUUUGUCUACAGUGAUCUGAUGCUGGUGACGCGAGAAGAUGAGCCGGGCAGGUGUAACGUCCUUCAGAGUCCCCUCUUCCUCCGGCAGCUGAGGCUCCAGGACGAUUAUGCGGAAGAACUGAGAUUCUACCUGAUCCACAUGACCGAGAAGUGUGACUGCCUGCUCAGCCUCGAAGCCUAUUCCGCAGACCAGAAGCGCCGUGUGUGUCAGUGUCUGAAGGACAACAUUGACAAGCAGCUCCAGCUUCACAGGAGGGAGCCUUCCUUUUCACAUUUUGAACAGAUGUUGGAGCCUAAUGUGGAAGCCCCUUCCUGCGAACUGGGUGGAGCAGGAGGAGAUCGAGGUGGUGUGUGCCUCCACCUGCCCCCCCGCAGCUCAGAAGGUGAGGAAAGCAGCCUGUAUCCCUCCAGCCCCUCAGAGCCUCCAACCCUGGGAAGCCCUCACACCUCAGAGCCUCUCACCCCUUUGGAGGACAUCUACAUGCCUCUUGGGGGUCUGGUGGGAUCUGAGGAGCGACACAAGGUGCCUCCCACGCCACCUCCUUCCACAGAAGGCGAGGAUUGGAGGAGUAUGGAGGGGAAUGAGAUGGAGCUCUGGAAAGAAGCGAAUACUUUGGAGAACAGGAGAAGAGAAGAGGAGGAUUAUGGGGCCGGCAGAAUGAGUGCUGGGAGUGAGGGGGAUGAGAAAGAAGGAGGAGGAGGAGAGGAGGGGGGAGAGAGUAAUGAAGAGGAGGUCAACCUAAACCUGGUGGUGUCAAACACAGACGACGACAACGCCUCAGAGCCACUGGACACCAACGCCCCCCCCUCCUCCUCCUCCUCCUCAUUUGUCAUCCCCGAGCUGCGCCUUGAUCGCUCCUUCAGUGCCGACGCCCCCUCCUCACCCAACACGGAUGAAGAAGAGUACGAUGACGACGAAGACGAAGACGAGGAGUCUGAAGAGGAGGACGAUGAAGACGACAGUGACGACGCCUACCUGCAGCGUAGCGACAGCAAGCGCCGCAGCAUGGUGGAGGGUGCCACCUGUGAGAAGCAUGGGGGGGGGGGGCUCAGUGUGCAGAAUUCCCUCCGCAGGCGCACGCACAGUGAAGGGAGCCUCCUGCAAGACCCCCGCACGCCUUGUUUCACUUCAGACAACGCCAUCAACUGCCUGGAGGCGGGGGGAGCGCACCACAAGGGCGGCUGGACACUCCCAUCACCUAAAACCCUGAAGAAAGAGCUGACCAAGAAUGGAGGCUCCAUGCAUCAGCUGUGUAUGCUGUUCUCUGGGAGGAAGCUGAGCUCCGGAUCCCCCUGUAGCUGUGAGGUCAGCCCUGAAGGAACAAAGAAGAAGAAAUCCAAGAACCUGGCCAAAGACAUGAAGAAUCGGCUGGCUUUCCUGCGGAGGAGGAAUGAAUCCCCAGGAAGCAACCCAGCCAGCAAGUUAGACAAAUCUAUGAAGUCAGUCAAGCCCACCCCAGAGGAAGCACUGAAAUGGGGGGACUCACUUGACAAGCUGCUGACUCACAAAUAUGGUCUGGCAGCGUUCAGAGCUUUCCUGCGCACAGAGUUCAGCGAGGAGAAUCUGGAAUUCUGGCUAGCAUGUGAGGAAUACAAGAAGAUCAAGUCGCAAUCCAAGAUGGCCUCAAAAGCCAAGAAAAUCUUUGCAGAAUACAUCGCUAUCCAGUCUUGUAAAGAGGUCAAUCUGGAUUCGUACACCAGAGAUCACACUAAGGACAACCUGCAGAAUGUGACACGCUCCUGCUUUGACCUAGCACAGAGGCGGAUAUACGGGCUGAUGGAGAAGGACUCAUACCCCCGCUUCCUGCGCUCAGAACUCUACGUGGACUUAAUCAACCAAAAAAAGGCCAGCUCCACUUCGACUUCAUCUUCCUCAUAAGAGACCAGAAGAAGAUCUUAGGAGAAGAGAAAACAUGACGAUGAGAGAGAGAAAAAAAAAAAAGGGUCAGACUUGAAAAAAAAGUAGAGCGGUUGGGUGGGAUGUGAGGGUCUUUGCUUGCCUUUUUUUACAGUUUGUUUUGUGUAUGUCAUCCUGUCCACUAUGAUUUGUUUUUGUUGUUGUUGUGGUGUGAGAGGACGCGGCAAAGCUAUGGCACUGCAAAGGAAUGUAGUUUACACAGUUACCAGGUGGAUGGAUGAAUGAGUGGACUGAUGAAUGGAUGGAUGGAUGAUACUAAACCGACAGAAGCCCACAAACGAGGGCUGGAGCAGGAGCUGGAUGCUCGCCUGAUCCCUGUCUCUCUUUUUUUUGUGGUGUCAGUCUUUUGCUCGUGUUUUUAAGUUUUUGUCCAGUUGUACUGGAGAAAAGGACGGGUUGCUCAGAAAACCCUGCAGACAUGAAGACAGUCCGGUACUGUUUUUCACCUUUUCCCUUUAUUUCCACUUUAAACUCUCACUUUAAAUCCCCUCCUUUCCUCCAACACAUUCUCUGUGAAGCCACUUCUAAGCUGUCGGUACGACACAAAGUCCUUUUUUCCUUGGGGGUGUGUGUGUGUGUGUGUGUUUAUUUUUUAUUUUUAUCAAGCUCAAAACUGUAUGACGAAGGGGGUGAAAAACAAUAUGUCUGAUUUAAAGCUGCCGUUAUAGCUCUGUUUCACACGCAUCUUUGUUAAACACCUACACCCUCUCAAAGCUUAUAUAAACAGCUUUCACCUUAUUCAAGACUGGACAAGCGUUUAACAGGGACAAAGACGGAGACAGCGAAGGGCAAAGAACACGGGCGUAUAAAUAACGGACGGACUGGAGCUGCAAUGAAACAGGGAUAUGUGUCACUCACAUUAAAAGACAUUCAAAGCCAGUAAUCGAAGAAAAAGACGACUUGCUUCCUGGCUCCAAAGACUGUUUACAACAAGGAGCAAAAGCUGAAGAAGAAAAAGAAGACGAAAACGUUCCGUGCAGUCAAAACACCAUUUCCUUUAACAUUGUAGCUCAUUCUGGACUAAUCGAGGAAGUAUUCUCAGGACAGGUUUUUCUACACACUCACUGUUUGUAUAUGCUUUAGAGUUCCAACCUGCACUCCCAAGUCCUACUGAGCAAUACACAAGAGGCUGCUCGUUUUAAUAGUCAGUGGAAACAAAAGGCUUCAUGUUGUACAAAGGUUUGCCUAUUUAUUUAGAUUAACUUGCUGGAUGCUUCUACAGACACCCUAACCUCCUUUAAAGCACUCAGCUAAAAGCUUUCACUUUCCUCUUAACCACCAAGCAGGUCCAAUGCUGUCCUGACCUUUAAGUGCAAUAUUGUUUUUUUAUUUUAUUAUUAUGUUUGGGUUGUGCAUUUAUUUGGAUGAUUUUGAACUUUCAUGGGGAAGAAGAAGAAUGGCUUGAGCUCUGUAUUAACUUUAUUUGUUAAGAGAAAAAAAAAGCGUAUCGCUAUAAGGUUGACUUACAACGUAAACUUUCAAGAACCAUAAGUAGUUUAAUGAAUUUUAAGCAAGUGAUUUUAACUGUGUUAUAACCCCUGGCAGCAGGCAGCUGGGGGGGAGGGGGCGUUUUGGUUGUAAAUAUAAUUCUUUAAGAAAAGUAUGUGAUAACACAUUAAAAACAAACAAAAAACUCAUAGGUCUCUGCUGGUGAAUGUGGGACCCAGCUGUAUUUAUGUACAUAUGAGACUCAAAACUAUAAGAUGACAUGUUUAAAAAAAAAUAAAGUAGGUGAGCAAGAGCAGGAACAAUCUGCUCGUUACCCUGGUCAUACACACUGCUUGUAAGGAGUUUUCUGAAAUGCAAUUUAUCAUUUUCACUGUUUACAAUUCAAAAUGCAUCUCUUAUGAUAGCAAGUGAAAACAGUAGAGUACAUUUGGUGUCAUUGCUAAAGAUAAAUAAACCAACCAACUGAUGAAGUAA